UUUUGUUUUUUUCUUCCAGCAGAAUGGCGAAGCUUCCUUAUUCGAAGUGAACAUCCGCUAUGUUGGAGGACUUCUGUCUGCGUAUUACCUGACAGGCGAAGAGGUCUUCAAGAGCAAAGCUCUAGAACUUGGAGAGAAACUUCUCCCCGCCUUUAACACACCAACAGGAAUCCCACGAGGAGUCAUCAACCUUGGCAGUGGCAUGAGCUGGAGCUGGGGCUGGGCAUCAGCAGGAAGCAGCAUUUUAGCUGAAUUUGGGAGCCUCCACUUAGAGUUUAUGCACCUUUCAGAACUGUCUGGAAAUCCCAUAUAUGCUGAAAAAGUGAUGAACAUCCGCAAAGUCCUGAAUAGAAUUGAGAAACCUCACGGGCUUUAUCCGAAUUUUCUCAGUCCAGUCACAGGGAACUGGGUCCAGCAUCACGUCUCUGUCGGUGGCCUUGGGGACAGUUUUUAUGAAUAUCUCAUCAAAUCUUGGCUCAUGUCAGAUAAACAAGAUAGCGAAGCAAAAAACAUGUACGAUAAAGCUCUGGAGGCCAUAGAAAAGCACCUUGUCAAAAAAUCGCCUGGUGGGCUAACCUAUAUUGCCGAAUGGCGAGGAGGCAUCUUGGAUCAUAAAAUGGGGCACUUGGCUUGCUUUUCUGGUGGUAUGAUAGCCCUUGGAGCGGAACACGCCCUGGAAGAACAGAAACAGCACUAUUUGGAUCUAGCUGGGGAAAUAACACACACCUGUCACGAAUCUUACAUUCGCUCAGAUACCAACCUGGGCCCUGAAGCAUUUCGUUUUGAUUCUGGAGCGGAAGCGAUGGCCACACGACUCAGUGAUCGUUAUUACAUCCUGCGCCCCGAGGUUGUAGAGAGCUACUUCUACUUGUGGAGGUUGACACAUGACCCCAAGUACAGAGAGUGGGGUUGGGAAGCUGUCCAAGCACUGGAGAAAUUUUGCCGAGUAGAAGCUGGUUUCUCUGGAAUCCGCGAUGUGUACACAACCACCCCAAGCCACGACAACAUGCAGCAGAGCUUUUUUCUGGCAGAGACACUAAAGUAUCUCUAUCUUCUGUUCUCUGAAGAUGACGUGCUCUCUCUCGAGGACUGGGUGUUCAACACUGAAGCUCACCCGUUGCCUGUGAAUCACACAGAUUUUGUCCUGAAGUCAAGAAUGCAGUAGGAGCAACUCGGCCCUUCUGGGUUCUGCAAAAGGAUCCCGAGGGGUUGCUUGCAUUUUUUUUUUCCUUCUCCUUUCCAGCAAAGGAAUGCACAUAUUCCCAGAAAGGUAUUUUGGGGGCAUUCGUCCAAUUCCGGACAGUAUUAUAUCGGGGAGUAUAAAAAAAACUGUGAAUCAAGCACCUUCAUGGGUUUUUUUUUUUUCCUCUGUGAGGAAACUUAUAACCUGAUAAUUGGAUGUUGAUUACGGGCCAUAAGAGAGACAAAAUCGCGGACGUUCCUUUCUAUGAAGAAUUUCUAUGGAAUCCACUGACUUUCGCUUUUGCGUGGCCAAAGGAUCAGGAGUUUGCCAUAAAAUAGAUGUCAGUUUGUGCCACUCUUCUUGCCCCAAACUUGCUCCCUCCUUUUUUAUAUACCAUUGAUUUCCCCCUCCACCUUUCUGAUCUUUUUUUUCUUUCUAAAGCAGUACAACAUCUCAAGAGAGGUUCUGGUUAAGAAAUCUUUCUAAAUCCCACACAAUUCUUUCUUUGCCCCUUUCCUCACCGGUCUUUCCAUUCUCUUCAAAUGUUUGCCAACUGUCGUUUUUCUUUUUUUCUCCUUUUUUCCCCACCCUGCAUUUUGCUUUUUCACUUUCCUUUGGUUUUUGGGUUUUUUUUGUUUUUUGUUUUUUCCUUUUCAUCUGGAGCAAAACCUUAUGAGGCAUUUGUAAUGAUUUCAUUUCUGUAAUGCUCAGAUGUGAAAAAUAAAAUAAAAAUUUCAUGACGGCUAAAAAAA